AUGAGACGACCGAUCCUGUUCAACCCAGAGGCAAGAUCAUGGAUCGCUCCCAGCGUCGAAGCGCGUGACGUCAUCAAAGCCUUCCACGACCAACUGCCGGAUGCGCAGUCCACAAAGCUGCUAAACCUGCAGACGCUCGCCACAGAGCUCGGGGUCAAAUCUCUCUAUUUAAAGGAUGAGAGCACUAGAUAUGGACUGCCCGCUUUCAAGAUCCUGGGUGCUUCGUGGGGAGUCUACCGUGCCCUCGCGCGUGAGCUUGGUCUCCCAUCUAUGGAUGCGGGCAUGAUUGCGCUCAAGGAGGCCUUGCGCGAAAAGCCAAUCACCCUGUACGCAGCCACGGAUGGUAACCAUGGCCGUGCCGUGGCGCGCGUUGCCUCUAUGCUUGGCGUGCCUGUUGAGAUUCAUGUCCCAGCCAUUAUUCAUCCUUCGACCGUCGAGAAGAUCGAGGCUGAGGGGGCGAAGGUGGUCGUUUCUACUGGGGACUAUGAUAAGACGGUCAUGAUUGCCUAUCGUGCUGCGCAGGAUUCAGGCGGGAUUGUGAUCCAGGAUGGUGCUUUUGAUGGUUACGACGAAAUUCCGCAGUGGAUUGUGGAGGGCUACCUAACGAUGAUGCGCGAAAUUGACGAGCAGCUACCGAGGGCUGUGAAGCCCGACAUUGUGGUCACACCAGUAGGAGUAGGGAGCCUGGCCCAAGCCGUUGUCUCACACUUUAAGAGAGCUGGCACCUCCACCACCAUCCUAGCAGUCGAGCCCGACACUGCCGCUUCCUUCUACCAGAGCUUACAGCAGGGCAAGAUGGUCUCUAUUCACACAUCUCCUACAAUUAUGGCGGGCCUAGACUGCGGGACUGUGUCUACGGUUGCCUGGCCACUGCUCAAAGCAGGUGUCGACGCCAGUUGCACCGUCUCAGACCAUGAGGCACACACGGCUGUACUAGACCUGCAAUCUCUAGGCGUUGAUGCAGGCCCAUGUGGUUCUGCUUCGCUUGCUGCACUGCGCCGGUUGACCGCUACAGACCGCCGACAGCUAGGCCUCGAUAGCGACUCGGUUGUGGUUCUGCUAAGCACAGAAGGCAACAGAGACUAUGAAGUUCCGAGAAGUGUCUUCCCAUCCAAGGCUGAGUCAUUGUUGUAA